AUGUCGAAACCUGAUGGAUCAAGGCCUGAAGACUCGCUCACACUGCACUAUCCCUUCGAUUUCAUCGCGUGGGCUCCCUUGAAAGCCAUACGCAAGCGGCACUGGACAGUCGCCUGUUCUGGCUUGACCUUGAUGACCUUGUUCUGGGCAGUGACACCGCUCGUCAGUGCUGUCUUCGCGACUGCAAGCAUCAAAUCUGGCCGUACAGCGGCUGUGACCACCUCCUCAGCCCUUCCUCCUGUGGAAGACCAAGCAUCACAAUUGACCAACAGAUUUCUUUCUUCGGCAUACAAGCAUGUAUGGUUCGACGAGCCAAUUCCACCUUUCACCACAAGAGAAGCGGCAUUUCUGCCAUUCGAUCUCCAUAAACCUGCAGCCUCUCUGUACGAGAAUGCAACAUGGACUGCUAAGACGUCAAAAUACUCUACAAGCCUGAUCUGUAAACCUCCUAAAAUCUCGAAUGAUAGUGAAAUUCCUAAGUUUGACAAUGGCGAAGGCUGUGUUGUCGAAACACAACCCGCAGCUUAUGAAGGCUUGACGGCUUUGUAUAUUGGCUAUUGGACAAGCAAAUUUACCGACUUCUCUUUGUCUGGUAUGGGCUGUCCGUCACCUGAUAACAAGCACGUCUUCUUCGGAAUUUGGAAUAUGAACCUCGACGGUCACGACAACGCCACGACUUUGUUCUGCAAAGCAAAUUAUACCAUUCAAGAUGUCGAUCUAACAGUUUUGCGCAAGAAUUCUUCCGUUCUCAGCGUAGCACCUCUCGGAGACCCAAGGCCACUUCCAGAAGAUGUCUUUAACGGAACGAAUUUUGAGUACAUCUUGAAUGCCAAUUCUCCCUUCACAUCAAACAGAGCGGAUAUUAUUGACACAGCUACUUCGCUCAACCAAGCAGGCCGUCUCCGAGCGAUCGGGGUGAAUGCCACAGAGACAACGACAGCGAUAGUGAUGCAAUUCGCACUUGCUAUAACACGACUGCCCUUGGUGGAAUACACGGAUACUGGCGUGCUUGCGUCAGCUUUCGAGAAAGCGCACCAACUGCUCUUUGCAUCGGCUAUUCAGUCUGUAUUGUCCACCAAAUACGUCGAAGCAGACACUAGAGAAGGUCGCGAAAACUAUGACCUUCGAGCGAUUGUAGUAGUCCGCCCUCUCGCGGUGGCUGUCGAAGGUGCUCUCGCGAUUGCAACGCUUUUGACGAUUGUCUUGCUCAUUUUGUACACCCGCCGCCCUAGUGAGUUGCUUCGGAACCCUGCAUCAAUCAAAGAUAUCAUGUCAAUGAUCGAUCCAAUGGAAAACAGUCUAAUGAAUGCUCAAAAUGGGAUAACAAGGCCCCGAUACGAGCGAUUGAUCUUGAAGAAAGGAGAGCUCUACUGCAUUCCAAUACUGGAGCCUGUCGAAGGAGUUGAAGCACUCCAAUUGGAACAUGGAACGAUACAGCAAAGCAGAAAGGAGAUUGUCUCCCAAAGGCCGUGGGAACUAAAAAUAGCGAUAGGUAUAAGCUUUGUGACGUCCCUCAUCUUGAUGCUAGUUGCGUUGAUGUAUGUACGAGCUCUGGUCGCAAAGGGAAAGGGCUUGGUUCAGCCGUCCAGAAGUCCCGCAGUGAAUCAACUUGUUACGUCGUAUCUUCCUGUCCUCUUUGCGACAUUUCUCGAACCUUUCUGGACAUUGUUGAAUCGGUUGCUCUGCGUCCUCCAACCUUUCGAAGAGCUCAGAAAUGGAGAAUCGCCGGCGUCAAGAUCUUUGGAUCUCCGGUAUACAUCGCUCCCUCCUCAAUUAGCAUUUUGGCGAGCAUUGCGCUCUCGGCACUGGCUGCUAGUGUUGGUGUGCUGGGUCGCGCUAUCGGCCAACAUUCUCACUGUUGCUUUGGGUGGUCUUUUCGUCACCGAGAAAGUAUCCAUAGACUCCUCCACGGCCUUUCCUGGCGAAUACGCCUCCAUAUUUAAUAAUUUCGGUGAUCUAAAGCGGCCAGACUCACAAGAUGAAGGGGUUUUUUUAGCUACGGCAUCCACCAUCGCAAAUAGCUCAUCUUUGCCUUGGACAUCUAGUAAUACGUUCUUUGUCCCGUUCAAUAUGUCUCACAAACAGUCAGCGGGUGACUUAAUUGAUCUAUAUGGCGGAGCAACGCAGGGUUUCAGUAUUGAGGUGAAUUGUCAGCCAGUACAGCACAACUCAACAGCCUACAUCACAACAUUUUAUUCGUACGAUUUACCACCAGUAACGUUGAACGACGGGAGGAAAUGUUUUGAUCCGGGUGCGGUAGUUAGUGGAGGACAAAAUUUCACAAACUCCGCCUCGGAGAUUUUUAGCCCUUUGAAUGCAUGGAAUCAUACUGAGAUGCAAGGAGCCUCUGCCUGUGACAAUAUGUUUCUCGCAGGAUUUCUUCGCGGUAACUUGACACUUACAUCGACCAUUCGCAAAACGGACAACAGCGACAAAACUUCGCCUGAGAUACUUGCUAUCAAUUCACUAUCGUCAACAUGGAUGGUUUGUCAACCCGACCUACUUGUCGCUCCGUACGAAGUGACAAUUGACCAAUCAGGACGAAUUAAAGGGUUCAAUCGAAGCGGUCCAUACGCCACAGAUCUGACUCAAUACUUUGCUGGUGACCUCAACUUGACAUAUUUCAUGAACCAAACCAAAGGACUUUUCACCAAAGGAAUCGAUACUCUGUCAUGGUGGCACGACGAUAGCUUUACUGACAGCUGGUUCGGGUACCUUGUGAAGACGAUCGAAGGAGGUGCUCCUAUAGUAGACCCGACUCUACCUCCCCCUCGUUUUGAGCAGGCAGCAGCAGCAGUUGGCGAAGUGAUGAAGCGUGUGUUUGCUACGCAGCUCGGCUUAAAUGCCAAUUGGCUUGCGGCAGCGGAGCCAGGCGUAACAGUGCCUGGGCGCUUGGUGACAAGUCAAGACCGUUUAUUUAUGUCACAAGCUGCCUUCAUGAUCGCAACAGUGCUUCUCUUGGUCCACAUCGUGGUAGCCUUGCUCUACUACAGUAAAAGGCCUAAGAAGAUGGUGGAACUUCCGAUCACGGUCGGACGAAUCAUCGAGCUCUUCCGAGGGAGUGGGCUGCUGACCGAGGCACGUCAAGCUCAAGGCAUCUGCGAGCAGCAUGUCAUCGGGUAUGGGCGAUUCAUUGGCACGGACAGCAUUCCCCACAUCGGGAUUGAGAGGCGGCCUUUUGUUAUUCCAUGGAAGGACGGAUGA